AUGCUCGUGCACUCGGUGGUCAACGACGAAGCCCUGCACGCGCUCACCUCCACCGCGCAGUACGAGCUCGCCAGGGAUAUACACAAGUGUAACAAAUACUUGCUGGAGUGCGCUCAAGGAGACAACCACCAACUAGGCAUCUACAAGGAGGCCCCAGAAGAUGUCUACCUCGUCACCCCCGACGACUUUUUAUCAAAAGACACAGACAGCGACAAGAAUGUCACCAUCGACGAAGAUGUCACCCACGACACGAGUGACAAAGUCGUCACCCACGACACAAGUGACAAAGUCGUCACCCACGACACAAGUGACAAACUCAACGGAGAUAUGGAGGACGACGAAAAUCCUUUUCUAAAAAGCAUUAAAAAGAGUAUAAAGAAAUACGAUGAGCCGAAAUUGACUAAUAAGUUUGAGACGGAUUGUGUGAUAGCGAAGGAGAGUGACCCUAAAGUGGAGGGCAGUAAGGGGGAUAUUCCGGUGACGGCUGCUGAUAAGAUGUUGGAGUUCUUUUUGGAGUUUGCUGAGACGGAGACUUAUAAGGAGAUGCGCUUCCUAGGCACAUUCGCCGACGCCCAAUCGUCAGCCAUCCACGACAUCCUGAACGACGUGUCCGCCUGGUCGCUCGGCAGCUUCCGCGGACACGAGCUCGUGGCGAGGGCGCUACGGGCCGCUACGCUCAAGAUACGGGACGGGGCUAACGGGACCCCUGAACGGCUGUGGCCGUCAUCGGAAAGUCUUGCCAAGGACGCCAACGACGGCUACAGCCGUCAGCUUCGCUAA